AUGUGUAGCAUUCCGAUCAAUUCCGAGUCAUUCAAUGCAUCUACGAGCGCGACUUUUGAAACCGCGGUCGCGACUUGGUAUGGGAGUCCGACGGGCGCAGGAAGCGGAGGAGCCUGUGGAUUUGCGGAUGACGUGGCAUCUCCUCCAUAUAACGGCUUGAUAUCUGCAGGAAACAACGUUUUAUUUAAAUCCGGAAAAGGCUGCGGCUCUUGCUAUCAAGUGAAAUGCACGCAAAAUUCAGCAUGUUCGGGACGACCGAUAACCGUGACAAUCACAGACGAAUGUCCGGGCGCGUGUAAUAACGAUGAAGUUCAUUUCGACUUGAGCGGAAAAGCUUUCGGCUCGGUGAAAUGUGGGUACAAGGCGGGUCUAACGUUUAAAAUCGAUGAGGGAUCGAACCAAAACUAUCUAGCUUUUGCGGUGGAAGAUGAGAACGGCGAUGGUGAUGUCGGUGGAGUCGAGAUUUUGGGUUCGAAUUCGGGGGCACAAUGGGUGGGUAUGGGGCAAUCUUGGGGUGCAACAUGGAAAGCUCAGCUGGCUAAUGGCGCGAGAGGGCCUUUUUCGGUGCGGCUAACUUCUCUCGAAAGCGGGACAAAGGUAGUGGCGAACAAAGUCAUCCCGGCUAAUUGGGCUCCCGGACAGCGCUAUAGCUCACGUGUCAACUUCCGUUGA